AAGGCUGAUGGGUUGCAGGUGUGUUCCUCCUGUGCUCCUGUUGACAGUCAAAUCAGGAAACCAAAGCAGGAGGGGCCGUUUUCAACGCGCCACCAUGAUGCCGCUCGCCUCUCUGACCGUGACCUUUCUUCCUCUGUGCAUCCUGUCUUCGUUAGCGACCGUCCGGGGCCACACUUACCUGACCGAACCGCUUUUUCUGCCCUUCUCCGACCUGGCCGCCCUCGGGGGAGACUCCCUGCAGUGGCCCAACGCGCCCCCCGUGGGGGAUCACAAGAUCAAGACCUUCGCGGUGAACUGUGACCAGGACGGCGUGGAGGUCGUGAUGGAAGCGCGCCUGCUGGACCCGGCCGUGCCCGUGGAGCCCGGGCGCCUGAGGCUCGGGCCCCUCGGUGCCGCGCGGGAUCCCCGCUGCGCGGCCACAGUCGCUGGAAACGGGGAUUACGUCAUCACGGCGCCUCUGGCGGCGUGCGGCAGCGCAGUGACGUCCAUCCACAGUGCGGUGCUCUACAACAACUUCCUGCAGUACUCUCCUCCUCCUCCACCUCCACCCACGUCCCCCGGGGACCAGUUGCAAGCAGAAGGAGUCUAUAUUCCGGUGGUGUGUGAAUACAGAAGGAGGUACCCGGUGAGUAGCCCGGCCCUGAAACCAACGUGGAUUCCCCCGAUCUCCGGCCAAUCAACACAUCUGCUCAUGGGCUUCCACCUCAGGCUCAUGACAAACGACUGGAGCCGCGAGAGAAAGUCAUCCGCUUACUUCCUGGGUGAGGUGGUGAACGUGGAGGCCUCCGUGGACCACCAUCACCUUCCUCUGCGUCUGUACGCGGACAGCUGUGUGGCCACUCUGACCUCCGACGUGAAUUCCCACCCCAGACACCCCUUCAUAGACCGCCACGGAUGUUUUACAGACUCACAGCUGGACGGCUCGAGCUCCCGUUUCCUGCCCAGAGUCCAGGACGAACUCCUCCACAUUCAACUGGAGCCAUUCCUCUUCCGCCAGGACCACAGGCACACUAUUUACAUAACGUGCUACCUGGAAGCAGAGCCCAGUUCAAACAAGCCCCCGGGGAAAAAGGCCUGCUGGUUUGACGGGGGAAGGUGGAGGUCGGCGGAUGGUGAUGACCAUGUUUGCGGAAGCUGCGGCGCAGUUAAGGAGACGAAUCACAUCCGCGGUGCCAAAUCCAACCGCAAGAGGGCGCUGAGGAGCAACACGGAGCCCCGGCCAACUGGGCUCCACCGAACCAUUUUGGGUCCAAUAAUAUUUCUUCCAUUUAAAAUACCAACAUCUGUAUUGAAGUGAUUGAGUUCAAUAAACAUGUGAAACCUGUGAAAUAUGAAAAAGGAGUCCUGGCACAGCUUAACUUAAAUCACAAUAUAGUGCUGCUGGAUCUAUAUAAAUCUGAAUUUCUAUAUUGGUGUAAUCACACUGAUGUUUGAAUAUCUUUGCACAAGUAUAAAGAAUAAAUAGUUUCUGCGUACCAGAUGAUCGCUCUAAGCCACAAUGAUUUUGAGGCAUUUAUUUAUGCUUUUUACACAUUUUCUAAAAUGCUGCUCCUUCUAUUUUUGAUUCUUUUACCAGUAAUCAUGUGACAUUAGUCACCAACGUAUCCAACCUUGCAGCCCCGGCUGCCUGACAAUCAAAUCAAACGUUGGCUGAUGAAAGGCUGCAGUCUAAAUACUUUUACCAUAAGCCGCUUUCAUCUUCGCUCUGUGACGUAUUCUAGUAGUCCGAUAAGUGACUGCUUGAAAUGUGUAACCAUUAAUCCGGGUUUAUGGCUGUUGUUUUUAUUUGCAAUUGUAGUUUCUUUUUCAACAUGACACAACUUUAAAUAUCAACAUCUGUCGACACCACUCAUGCAUUACAUGCUCAACUUCCUUUGAGGCACAACUAAGAGCAUAUGUAAUAUUUUAGUGUUGACAUUGGCAGCGAUUUAGUCAUUUAACUUUAUAUAAAGUUUGAUCUUUCAGUUGGACAAGCUC